CGGCGGCGGCGGCGGACCCGGGCGGCCCGCGGACCGGGCGCGCAGACAAAGAGGCGGCGGCGCGGAGGCCCGGGCGGGCGCGGGGCGAUGGCGGCGCGGGGCGGCCGGGCGCUGCUGGCGCUGUGCGGGGCGCUGGCCGCCUGCGGGUGGCUGCUGGGCGCCGGAGCCCUGGAGCCCGGGGCGCCCGCGGCGGGCGUGAGGCGGCGGCGGCGGCUGCAGCAGGAGGACGGCAUCUCGUUCGAGUACCACCGCUACCCCGAGCUGCGGGAGGCGCUGGUGGCCGUGUGGCUGCAGUGCACGGCCGUCGCCCGGAUCUACACGGUGGGGCGCAGCGUCGAGGGCCGGGAGCUGCUGGUCAUCGAGCUGUCCGACCGCCCCGGGGUCCACGAGCCUGGUGAGCCUGAAUUUAAAUACAUUGGGAAUAUGCACGGGAACGAGGCUGUGGGACGGGAACUGCUCAUCUUCCUGGCCCAGUACCUGUGCAACGAGUACCAGAAGGGCAACGAGACGAUCGUUAAGCUGAUCCACAGCACCCGGAUCCACAUCAUGCCUUCCCUCAACCCGGACGGCUUCGAGAAGGCCGCAUCUCAGCCUGGUGAGCUCAAGGACUGGUUUGUGGGUCGAAGCAAUGCCCAGGGAAUAGAUCUGAACCGGAACUUUCCAGACCUGGAUAGGAUAGUUUAUGUUAAUGAGAAAGAAGGUGGUCCGAAUAAUCAUCUGUUGAAAAAUCUGAAGAAGAUUGUGGAUCAGAACACAAAGCUUGCUCCUGAGACCAAGGCAGUCAUUCAUUGGAUUAUGGAUAUUCCUUUCGUGCUCUCUGCCAAUCUCCACGGGGGAGACCUCGUGGCCAACUACCCCUAUGAUGAGACCCGGAGUGGUAGUGCCCAUGAAUAUAGCUCCUGCCCGGAUGAUGCCAUUUUCCAAAGCUUGGCUCGGGCGUACUCCUCUUUUAACCCACCCAUGUCUGACCCCAACCGGCCCCCGUGUCGCAAGAAUGAUGACGACAGCAGCUUCAUAGAUGGAACAACCAACGGUGCUGCUUGGUAUAGUGUACCUGGCGGAAUGCAGGACUUCAACUACCUCAGCAGCAACUGCUUCGAGAUCACCGUGGAGCUGAGCUGUGAAAAGUUCCCGCCUGAAGAGAGCCUGAGGAGCUACUGGGAGGAUAACAAGAACUCCCUGGUCCGCUACCUCGAGCAGAUACACCGGGGAGUUAAAGGCUUUGUGCGCGACCUUCAGGGGAACCCGAUCGCCAACGCAACCAUCUCCGUGGAAGGAAUAGACCACGACGUCACAUCUGCAAAGGAUGGUGAUUACUGGCGAUUGCUUGUACCUGGAAACUAUAAGCUCACAGCCUCAGCUCCAGGCUAUCUGGCAACCACAAAGAAAGUAGCAGUUCCUUACAGCCCUGCUGUUGGGGUUGAUUUUGAACUGGAGUCAUUUUCUGAAAGGAAAGAAGAGGAAAAGGAAGAAUUGAUGGAAUGGUGGAAAAUGAUGUCAGAAACUUUAAAUUUCUAAAGAAGCUUCUAAGUAGCUGCUUUUAAUCAAUCUAUAUUAUAUAGUAUGAUGUAACGUGGCCAUUUUCUUUUAGAUUUUGUGCAAUA